AUGUCGAACCGAGUGAACAUCUUUUUCACUGGCUUGCAGAUCCUCAGCCUAAACGAUAUUAUCAAGUAUGGAACGCUAACGUUGUCCGUGUUUGCGAUCUUCAUAGAUACCGUCCUGCAGCGAGACACACAUCGGCUUGUGUGGGAAAAGAUCGCACUCAUUCGACUCAGUGCUCGGAAGGUCUACGUUGAGCGUUUCACACGCCACUACCUGUGGAAGUUUUAUGGCUACCUAGCGGUUAGUACGUUUCUCGAAGCACAAGUACUCUACCUUGCUUGGGAUGAUCCUUCCGAUCUGGCUUACUGGCUAGUGAUCAUGAUUUUGCACGCCUUCCUUCGGAUGCGCCACCUUUUUCACAUGUUCUUCAUCGACACACUGAAGAUACACCUGCAGAAGCUACAUUAUGAUUUGGUGGAUGCGGGUGAGUACAUGGCGGAUCUCGUUGAGCAGCCACAGGAUACGGCCGUGUUUCGAGCAAUGCACGCACAGUCUGUCGAUCGUCUGCUGAGCCUGAAGAGUGUAUACGGCCAGCUGUGGGAGCUUAGCGACUGUAUCAAUCGUAACUUUGGAUGGUCUCAGAUAUGUAACUUUACGGGAAACUUUGUGCAGCUAUCGUGCGAUCUAUACUGGUUCUAUAUGUCAAUGAAGUGGUUUGAGGUUUCAGAUUACAAAGUAAUCGUGAUUACGCUGCUACCAUCGACGUCUAUCAUUGUGCUGCUACUUAGCUCUGCCGAGUCUUGCCUUGGCGUGGCCGCCUCAUUGCAGUCUGCACUGUUGGAUAUUCCGAUGGGAAACGAUUCUACGUUUCGAAAGAUCAUUUAUCGCUUUGGCUUACAGGUUGCACAGCAACGGAUUCGUUUAACAGCACACGGACUGUUUGAGAUCAAUUAUUCACUGUUAAAAAUGUUUGGCACAGGAAUAACCACCUACAUGAUUAUUUUUAUAACGUUCUCAAAGGAUAUUAAACUGGAAGAUAUCGACGAUGAAUAG